UCCAAAGGCUAGAGGAACCGAUGACUCGUGUAGGGUUUUCCGCCUCUAGUUCUCUCAGAUCAUCGGGGUCCUUCCCUCGGUUGUGUUAUGCAAACUACUGCUAGUUGUGUACAGACUAUGCAAACACGGGGAUCUUGAUGGAAGCCAAAGGCAUACAAACAAUAAGCCCAGCAGGUUUUCUUAAAGUGGAUGUUCUGCUUUAAGAUGCCUCGUCUCAUCAUGCAUAACUAUUGGGAACUGGAGUACCUGUCUCUAUCGUGCGCCCGGGUCCUCACCCUUAGCUGCGCUCCAUCACGUGUUUGCUAUCGCCCAGGUCCUUUUUGUAUGGCUCAUUGUUCCUGAGCGAGUUUGUAGUUCUGCUGGCAUGGAGUUGUUCCUGGUCGAAGGGAGUUGUUCCUCGGGUCGGCAUGUGGCUCAGGAGGUAGAGCGUGGUCAUUUGUAACCGGAAGGUUGCUAGUUCAAACCCCGGCUCCACCGAGUGUCCCUGAGCAAGACACCUAACCCUAACUGCUCACGACGAGCUGGCUGUCGUCUUGCAUGGUUGACCCCGCCGUCGGUGUGUGAAUGGUAGGCAAUAUUGUAAAGCGCUUUUUGAGUGGCGACUGGUUAGGAAAGCGCUGUGUAAAUGCUGUCCGUUUACCAUGAAGAGGUUUGAAGAAACUUGACCACCGCGAACAGGAGCCGCGAGUGUAUGUAUAUUAUGCUGGUCAGCCUCUGCAACACUGUGGCUCGAAACGCUUGUAACGGCUUUUCCAGGGAGACUCCUUCAGCUUCAUUUAUUUCAUCCCAUCUUAACUACUGGAAAUGAACCAUUACUAAAAACUUGGCUUAACUACGCUUUUAGUUAUUUUAUUAUCUUGAGGAUUGUCAUUAUCACUAGUGAGGCUCUGUGAUUCAUUGCUCAUUCAUUGAGGUCUCUGUCAUUACUAUCAUACGAUUAUUAUUUUGGAUCUUAAUGUUCUGCUACUUGGUGAGGGCUCUGGGUUUUUUUUUACGCAGCUGUCCUACUUUGUAAAGAGAAAAUCCCGCGGACAGACUGCAUGUGCCUUCUUGCUUGUAAUUAUACAAACAGACGCACACAAACACGUACACUCAUGAUUCUGUCACCGUCCAUCUGACCCAAACCGUACCCAAUCAGAGCCUGUCCUACUUCGUGAGCCACAUCUGCCUGCUUUGGCUCAGCCAACCACAGCAGUCGUUGAAGCUUGUCCUGCCCAGCACUAGCUACCACUUUGUUUUUUUCUCUCCAUUUUAUGUCUGCUUGAGAGGGUGUGUGUGUGUUUCCUCUGAGGGGGAGGGUCUUGGAUUAACUUGACUGUCUGCCCUCAUAGCAGUGCUCAGCUGAAGCCACCGCCGUGGCUCCUAAGACCGACUAGCUAGCCGGCCAGCUGGCUUCACUGGAGCCUUCGCUUCUAUCACGACCGCGGAGGAAAAAAAGACACGAGCGGUUGUUGUUUUUAGCGUCUUUUAUUUUGCCUUCCUGUGGGGAGGGAGAGGGAGAGAGAGGGAGGGGGAGGUGGCAGGGAGUAGGGUGUUGUUGUCAAAGGGAGGAGGGGAGGACCGGCCACAAAGUAGGCAGAGACAAAAGAGCAAAGAGUCCCGUCUGGAGGCCGGGCCCUCGGCCCACGGGGGACACCCAGGCACACGGGGCUGGAUGAGGCAUGUCUAUUGGAGCAAGACACCCAGAGGCAGAGACGGGCUUGAUUCCAAGUGUCCAAGACUUUGACAAAAAGCUUGCAGAGGCCGACGCGUACCUGCAGAUACUCAUCGACCAGUUAAAGCUCUUUGAUGAGAAGAUCAAGGAGUGUAAAGAAGAUGAAUCACGCAGAAAAAUUGAAAGUUUGAAGGAGACUACUUGUAGUAUGGUAGAGUCCAUCAAGCACUGCAUUGUAUUGCUACAAAUCGCCAAGGACCAAAGUAACGAACAGCAACACGCAAACGGACUUAUAAGCACCAUAAACCCAGUCGACGGGAUCUACCAGCCUCCGCUAGACACGUCCGAAGGCAGCGACAACAUGCCAAUCCAGACAGCGCUGCCCUCAGAGGGUUCCCAGGUGUGCAGGUCUGACCAGCGGCCCUCCACACUACAAGUGGGUCCCGUUGUCACGGUGAUGGGAAGCUUACAAACGCCAACGCCCAACAGCACAGGCGACGGUCCGUCGGGCCCCAGCAGUGGCCUGGGCUCCCCGUCCCACAUGCCCUCCCACUCAGUGCCAGACUUCUCCUACUCCUCCAGCGAGGACGAGUUCUACGACGCCGACGAGUUCAACACCUCUCCCAAACACUGCCUCGCCAGUCUCUCUGGGCAGGCCGCGGCCUCUGCACUGGGCGGGGACGGGGCCAUGAAACGACCGCACACCAACGAGUCCCUCAACUCGUCCAUGUCCAACGGAACCACCGACGCAGACCAAUUUGACAAUGACGACCGUGACGAUGAGGGCGAGGGGGAGUCCGUUGAGGAGCACAAGAGCGUCAUCAUGCAUCUGCUGUCCCAGGUCCGGCUUGGUAUGGACCUCACCAAGGUUGUUCUCCCGACCUUCAUUCUAGAGCGGAGGUCUUUACUAGAAAUGUAUGCAGAUUUCUUUGCUCAUCCAGAUUUGUUUGUGAGCAUCGCCGAGCAGCCGGAGCCCCGGGAGCGCAUGGUGCAGGUCGUCAAGUGGUACCUGUCGGCCUUCCACGCGGGGAGGAAGGGCUCGGUGGCCAAGAAACCCUACAACCCCAUCCUGGGAGAGGUCUUCUACUGCCACUGGGACAUGCCAAACGAGGCCGCGGAGGAGCCCCCGCCACCCCCCGUCGCCCCCACGGAGCCGUUGUCGGACGGUCCCCUCCCCUGGGUUUCCCCCAACAAUGUGUCCUUCGUAGCAGAGCAGGUCUCUCAUCACCCGCCCAUUUCCGCGUUCUACGCAGAGUGUUCCGGUAAGAAGAUCCAAUUUAACGCACACAUCUGGACCAAGUCGAAGUUCCUCGGGAUGUCAAUAGGAGUCCACAACAUCGGCCAAGGGUGUGUAUCCUGCUUGGAGCACGACGAACACUACAUCCUCACCUUCCCUAAUGGCUACGGCAGGUCCAUCCUGACGGUGCCCUGGGUGGAGCUGGGCGGCGAGUGCAGCAUCGUCUGCUCCAAGUCGGGCUACAGCGCCAACAUCGUGUUCCACACCAAGCCCUUCUACGGCGGCAAGAAGCACCGCAUCACGGCGGACAUCUUUACGCCCAACGAUAAGAAGUCCUUCUGUGCCAUCGAAGGAGAGUGGAACGGCGUGAUGUACGCCAAGUGGGCAUCUGGGGAGAACGCUUUGUUCAUAGACACCAAGAAGAUGGACAUCAUCAAGAAGAAGGUCCGCAAGCUUGAAGACCAGUUGGACUACGAAUCUCGAAGAAUGUGGAGGGACGUGACCCUGAACCUGAAGCUCAAGGACAUCGACAUGGCGACGGAGGCCAAGCACUACCUGGAGGAGAAGCAGAGGGGCGAGGCCCGCGAGCGCAAGGAGAACGAGAGGCAGUGGGAGACACGGUUGUUCCACGAAGAUGGCGAGUGCUGGGUCUACGACGAACCGCUACUAAAGAGGAUAGCUCAACCACGGCCCUGAGACGACCUCUCUCCCAUCCACACACAUGCACACACACAAACAGCCAAACAACACACACACACACACACACACGUCACACAACACGGGAGUCUUCAUAAGAACUCAUUUGCACAUGACCUAUUUUCCAAGCCUUCGAAAUGACUUGAAUGAUUGAAUAUGUACACAGCUUUGCGUUUGAUGAUGAACCAAUGUUGAAUGAAGUCAGUCGGGGAGCAAAAUGAAAAAAAAAAAUAAGACUAAACCAUGCAGCACAGUGCAAGGGACACAGGACUUUCUGCACAUCCGUUCUUUGCAACAACUCUUGUCUAUAUGGACUUCACAAUCAAGCCUGUCCCCGAUCCCGGGCAAGGGGUGACGAUGAGUAGGAGGAGGAAGAGGAGCAGAAGGAGUGAUGGUGAUUGUGAUCGUGGUGGUGAGGAUGGGUGUGGUGGAGGAGGGUUGAUGCGUCUGUUGAUGGUGUUAAAGUGAAACGAACCUCAACAGAAACAAUACGGCAUACUACAUCUCAGGGAAACUGCUGAGGGAGGAGCGAGCGCCGCAGUCCCCUCCCAUCACCCACAGACCGGACGAGGGAAGGACCUCACGACGACGGAAGAGAGGACAUCUUGGCUUGCCUACACACAACUAGUGAGAACUGUUGUUUAUAUAUAGAUAUACAUAUGGUGGAUAUAUAAAUAUAUAUAUAUAUAGAUAUAUACUUUUUUUUAUUUGUUUGCGCUCUUUAUUUUUUUUUCCCAUUCUGGCAAUAGUUUAGAUAUUUGAGGGUAAGAACUUUUAAAGGCUUCACAUGUUAAGUAAUCAUUCCAUUUGCGCCAUUGGACAUCUCAAUGCCUCCUUUAACUGAGCUGACGCGCUUGUGGGCGGAAGCAAGACCGACAAGCGUGCUAGCAUCUACACACAUUUAGACUAUGAUAGUGGUAUUGGUUAUUUUUUUAUGACAUAAGUGGUAUGGCUUCACAAUGCCGAGAACGAAUCUGAGCACUCAUUGGCUCUCAGCGUGGAACUAGGCUGUUAAGUUAAAGGUUUAACUCCACCUUCCUCCGGAAAUGGAUCUUGGGAUUGGAUAUCCACUCGUCUGGAAUUACUUAUUUCUUUUGUGCAAGCAUUUAUGAACAAAUGAAUGUUGACCUGUUUUUUUCGGUGUCCGGAUAAUUGUAAGGCUUGGUGACGGGGUUGUGGGAAGCAAGGGUGCGCCAAGAGAUUCCUGUUCGUUCGGCACAUCUUCUCUCCUAGGCAUCUCCCUGACGGAAGUCAUAGUUGGCGACUGACAUGGUGGCAACGUGUUUUUAAGAGUUUGGGGAAGAGGCUACAUCGAACCAAUGGUUGAGUUCUGAUACUUUUUCAUAGAGGGCUACUCAAGUCUAAGUUGUGUGCUUGAAUUUAAACUUACGUCCAAUGUUUUUAAAUAUGGGAACCAUACUGGUCAAAAUAUAGAUUACUUUCCAACUAUGCUGGUUUCAUCCAUAUUCUCAUUCACAAAGGCAUAUUACACCGAACCUGCUGAAAUCAAGUGUUGAAUAAGAUUGUGUUUCUCGCCAUCGAUAUAUUAGCCAAUAUGGAAGAAGCCUUGUGGAAAAACAUUUUCACAUAAAAAUGCAUAUUUGUUUCAUUAUAAUUUUAAGAUUUUUUUCAUCUAGAAUAACAAAUUAAAAGUUGCAGUUUAAUAAAACUAAAAGCCAG